AUGUCUGGGACAUGGGAGUUCAUCAAAAGGCACAAAGGCAAGAUUAUUGCCGGAAGUGUUCUGCGCAGGUACAAUAUUGAGUUCUUAUUAGUUAAGCUGAAAAGAGAGCGCAACAUGAGUGUCGAGGAAAAAGUGCAAAUCUGGGAAAAAAUCAAGGUACUCAGCGUGGCAACGCAUUGUUGGCGUAGCGUAUUCUUAUUCUUUGUUGACGUUGGCACUGAAAGCUCAAAUUUCAAUUUUGGCCGUCGACAUCUGUUCUCAGUUCGAGAAUGCAAUUUGCUGGACACAUUCAAGUCUCAAGUGGGAAGCUAUCUUGGCUUUGAGUCGGAGCCAAUCUCAGAUCCAUACACUGGCACCAACAGCAAACAAGUGGCUGCUAAUAGACAGAUUUUCAUACAGUGUAUCGAAUAUCUAACUAGCACAGGAAUCGCAAAGUUGUUGGAUGUCAUAGAAGAAACCUGCAACGAAUUCUGUUCUGCUUUAUCGUUAACGGAUCGCGUCAAUCAGGAUAACUUGCGAGAAGUUCUCGAUUCAGUCGACGGAAAAUUGUCCAAGUUGGAGCCUAGUUUCUUUUCGAAAUUAGUCGCUCCACUUUCCGAAGAAGAGAGAGACUCGAAGGACGGAGUCUUGCAACUUCUUGCACGUUUGGUGAAGGCUUUGGAGUCAGCGAAAGGGCGUGAAACGCUAAAAGUUCCGAAAGAGCCAGAAGUUCUCGCUAAAUUGCUACCCUCUAUGCCAGAUGCUGCGGCAUACGGUGCUUGUGUUUCGAGACAAGCGGAAAGGAUAUCGAAGGACGCUUGUGCGGAAGAGUUCUCAAAGUUACUUGAUUGUGUAAAGAAACAGCAAAACAAGUUGAAAUAA